AUGAUCUCCGAAGAGUUGAGAGCCACACUGGCGAAGCAUGACCAACAGCACUUGCUGAAAUACUACGACGCAGGCUUGCUGACUGAAGAGCAGAAGGCAAGCUUGGAGUCCCAGUUGCAAAAAAUCGACUUUGACAGACUGAAGAAGAUCUAUGAUGUUUCUGUGGCCCAGACCACAGAGUCGAGCAGCGACAGCACUCUGGAGCCUAUGGACAGUAUUACGGACGUGGAGAAGCUGAGCGAGGAUGAGAAGGCUGCGUACCAAAGCGUUGCAUUGGAUGCAAUCAGCCGAGGCGAGAUUGGUCUGGUCCUGAUGGCUGGAGGCCAGGGAACCCGUCUGGGAUGCUCGUACCCGAAGGGCAUGUACGAUAUCAGUCUGCCCUCACACAAGUCUCUGUUCCAGUUGCAGGCUGAGCGAAUUCUUCGCGUUCAGGAAAUGGCUGCCGCCCGCUCUGGUAAAGCCUGCGUCGUUCCGUGGUACGUGAUGACCUCUCCGAUGACCCACGCGGAGACUCUUGCUUAUAUCCUACUGAGAUUUAUUUGA